ACGGAGUGGGAGGAUAUUCUCUACCUCUACGAGGGUCAAGAAGCAAUUUAUCGACUACGUUGGAUACUUGAAAAGGCUAUGAAACGUUCGCCCACUUUCACAGUCGAUUUCCGUCAAAUUAAUUGGGAGCCGAUCAGGAGAUCAGAACGUGCGCUGACCGGACUCCGUCAACACGUGAACUCGCGCACCAAUACAUUUCAUCGCAAGUCUAUUCUGGUUGAUCUCUCUCAACCGGGAAGCACGGAGACACUGAUUUCGGGAAUCGGAUCAAUAAUGCCACAGAGAGCUGAUCUUCAUUUCCUCAUUAUCGGUGGGGAUAUCAAGUACAUAAACGAGAGCUCCCUGCAUUUUGGUGGAAUUAACAUGACGGCUCUAGCUGACAUUGCUUUGGACUCAGUGGCACUGAAGACCUACAAGACGGAACUCAAUCCGCGCAUACGGGGGAACGAUGUGGUCAACGGGAAUCUCUCGUACAACGCCGCACUGCUCAUAGAUGGAAUGAAAAGUCUCAUUCAAACUCUGCGACUUCUUAAUGAGGACUCCUAUUCAGGACAAUAUCGACCUCUUGAUCUUCAGAGCGACUCGACAUCAACUCAUUCAUCCAAUUUGCCAUGUCAGCCAUCGUCACCGGCACCUUUCAAUGCGCCACUUAUGAUGGAGAAACUACAACAAAUCUCAUUUCCUGGACUUACAGGAAAUAUAAGCUUCGACAAGAAUGGCUUCCGGAACGCGUAUAAUUUUGAGAUUUGGGGCGCGAAAAUGAAGCAAUCUUUUUCAAACCUAGGUGAAUGGAAUUCCAAGAAUGGAGUUGUAAUGAAGACAGAAACCGAUUUGAAUGCAACUCAAGGUAGCUUCGAUCUCAAUCGCGUUCGAAUCGUCUCCAGCAUUCUUGUCAUAAGUAGGAAGAAAAGGCUGAUUUUAUGGCCAUUCAGCCUAAGUGGAGUUGAACUUAGUGCCUUCCUGGAGAUUUUCGAGGUGUUCAAGAACUUGGCUGCUAACUCUCAAUCUUCCAAUCGCAAUUUUCAAGAUGUCAAAGGAAUGGAAAAGAAGGAUAGUAACAGCCAAUAG